GCGAUCUUCUGGGCGCGCAGCUCCUCGCCGAACUUCCCGGGCAAGUUUCUCGGAGGGAACUUUCUUCAGUUCCGGGAAGCAAACCAGCGGAUCGGAUUGGGGAAUCCGGUAACCGGAUCCGCCGCCGCUACGAGCUCUUGGGUCAUUCCGGGCUCCAAGCGCUUAAUGCAGGUUUAGAGACCCCUUGA